UACACACGCUCAUCGAGCUCUUCUCCGACAGAGGAGAGAAAGAGGGAGAGAGAGCGCGCAGAGAGGGAUAAACAGAGGGAGAGAGAGACUAUAGGAACGCAGCAGCGGCUUGUGUGUGUGCGUGUGUGUGUGUGUGUGUAAGUACGCUCGCUCGGCGGUUAGAAACGACUGGCGGGGCGGAUAUGGAGGGGCUCGGGAAAAAACGCUGGGAACUGACCGAGUACCGAAACGAAGAGUGAAAGAGAGAGGAGAAGAAGGAGAAGAAGGAUUGACGGAUAGCACGGUAGGAAGGACGGAAGGCAAGGAAGGAAGGAGGAGAGGAGGAGAGAGAGAGAGAAGUCUGACAGAGCAGAGGAAGAGUGCGAAGAAGGGGCUCGUCUGGAACACAGAAGGAUCCUAAGAGUGAGCCCUGGGCUGGAUGGGACCCACCAUGCCCCCCAGUAAGAAGGCCCAGAGCCCCAGUAGUGGAGCCAGUGCCUCGCAGGGCAUGAGCCCACCGUACCGGCAAGGGGACGCCGCCACAGCAGCAUCUGAGGCCGAGGCGGCUGACCUCUCCCUUUCCCUGUCUGCCUCUUUCUCCAAGGCCGAGGAUGAAGAGCUCACCAGCCUCUCCUGGCUCCACGAGAGCACCGACCUCCUUAACAGCUUCAGCCAUUCUGGGCUUCGUAGCGUCUCUCCUCUGCAGGAUCCCGACGGCCAGCACCCUCGCUCGCCUUCCUCCUCGUCUCCCUCCCCAGACGACCCCCUGCUCGGGGAUGCGCACUCAGCGUACGACUUGGCGGCAGGGGCCAACCGAAAACCUCCGUACUCCUUCAGCUGCCUGAUCUUCAUGGCCAUUGAGGAUGCACCAAACAAGCGGCUGCCAGUGAAGGAUAUCUACGGCUGGAUUCUGGAGCACUUCCCUUACUUUGCAAGCGCCCCUACAGGCUGGAAGAACUCAGUACGCCACAAUCUGUCACUCAACAAGUGCUUCAAGAAGGUGGAUAAAGAUCGCAGCCAGAGCAUAGGCAAAGGCUCGCUGUGGUCCAUAGAUCCGGAGUAUAGGCACAACCUGAUCCAGGCUCUGAAGAAGACGCCAUACCAUCCCUACUCGCCCAGCCUGACCACUCCUUCCACCUCCCCACCCACCCUACCGCAAACAUUUCACCACAGUCCUCCAUUGUGGUCGGGGAGUCCCCUCUUCAGAAAGAACGGAGGAGUACUCCUACAAGUUCCUCGAGGCGUGAUCCAAAAUGGCGCCCGUGUCAGGAGCCAGGCCCUCUUCCCCCUUAUCAGACCCCUACCUGUAAGCCCUGUGGGGAGCAGAACCUCAGCCAUAAGAUCAUCCCUGGGAGAUUAUCUAAACCGAGGACAGGACAGCCCAUCCCGCUACUCUCCACCACCCUGCAGUGAGGACCUCCAAGACGACCACACUUACAGCACCGCCAAAUCCCCCAGCAGGCUGUGCUCUUCCCAGGUCGCCGCCCCUUCUUCCCCACUGGACGACGACGACAUCAUCGCCGUGGAAAUCCAAUCAGACGUCAAACCCGAGCCCCGGGAGAUUCCACUGGACUCUCACAUCACCACUGCCGCCACUACUACUACCUACAUUUCCCAGCAGCCCCUGCGCGGACAGAGACGUAGUUUGGGGGGAGCCGGGGCUCUGGCGGGGAGCAGUUUGCCCUGGACCAAAAGCCGAGCGAGGGGCAUUAGUGACACGCUGCCGCUGAAGAAGCGGCGCGCGGCGACUGUGGAGAAGCCGCCUGAGAGCGACGACGAGGAGAUGAAAGAGGCGGCGGGGUCGCUGCUCCACCUGGCGGGGGUCAGAGCCUGCCUCAACAACAUCACAAACCGCACCGCCAAGGGCCAGAAGGAGCAGAAAGAGGCCCUGAGAAACUAAGACGCACACACAAACACACAGAACAAAGCAUAGUCAUGCACACAGACAGCAUAUAGCUCCAAGCACACACACACACAUGUACACACACACACACACACACACACACAACUAGGUCAACAGGUAACAUUACUACAGCAUUAGUCUCAACGGACACUUGUCAUCUCCCUCUAUCUAUCUGCAGGGCAUUAGGUGAAUCCUACUUAUUUGUGGCAAUAUCAAAAAUCUAUGUUUUCCUACAUGUUCAGCAACACUAAACAUCGAUGGGUAUUUCUCAUGUGUCUUUGUUGUUUUUGUUGUUUAAAAGG